UCUCUCUCUUCAAGACAAAGAAAGCUAGCUAAGCUAAAAAACGUUUCUUUUUCUUCUUUUCGAACUCUCCAAUGGAGUCUCCAAAACCCUACGCCUCAUCCUCAAACCCACUCCUAUCACUCUCCACCUUCAUACACCACCAAUGCCUCCGUCUCGGUGCCGACCUCUCAGCCCGAAUCCAACACACCAAGCGCUUCGCCGAAACAGUGACCGGAAAUUGGCCCAACGGAAGACGCCUCCGUUUCUCGCCACUGUCACCUCUUCCGCCAUUUGCCUCGUUAAGUCAGCCAAAGCAAGCCUUGGCUGCCGCGUUGGCUUCCGAUAAUGUGGCCAAGACUCUUACCGGUACUGCUGUCUAUACUGUUAGUAAUUCGAACAAUGAGUUUGUGCUUAUUUCUGAUCAAGAAGGAGUUAAAUCAAUUGGAUUGCUCUGUUUUCGCCAGGAGGAUGCCGAAGCUUUUCUAGCUCAGGCUCGGCUGCAGCGAAGAGAACUUAGAAGUGGUGCUAAAGUUGUUCCCAUUACGCUUGAUCAGGUAUAUAUGUUGAAGGUUGAAGGAAUAGCAUUUCGGUUUUUGCCUGAUCCAGUUCAGAUAAAAAAUGCUCUGGAGCUCAAAUCAACCGAUCGCAAAAAUGGAUUUGAUGGAGUUCCUAUUUUCCAGUCAGAUCUACUGGUUGUGAAGAAGAAAAACAAGCGAUAUUGCCCAAUAUAUUUUACUAAGGAAGACAUUGAAAGGGAGCUCAGUAAGGUCUCUAGGGCAUCAAGAGGACCAGGGCUUUCUCAAAAUAUCUUGGUUGGUAGUCUCGAAGACGUUUUAAGAAAAAUGGAGACGAGCGAAAAGAACUCUGGCUGGGAAGAUCUGAUUUUUAUCCCACCCGGUAAAAGUUACUCUCAACACAUUCAAGAUGUGAGUAAAAAAUGAAGAUAAACAGCAUAGCUUCAACUUACAAAAACAUCAAAAUAGUGAAUCGGUUGCAUUUACCGAUGGCUCACUCACACAGCGAAACAGGUAAAGCAUCAUUCCUCCCUAUCUCUUCUUUUUUCCUCUUUAGCUUUCGCGUAACAAUGCAACAGCUUUGACACGUGCAGCUGGUACCGAAAUUUUGGAAAAUUAAAAUAAAACUUAACAACAGUUGCGGAAGUCAGUGAAAUGUUAAGCUUGAUCUGUACAGUUUAUCUGAACUUAAACCAUUCUGGAAAUCUUAUCUUACAAUUUUUGUAUCAAAAAUAGAAUUCUAAAUUAAGGUAUUUUAUUUUGUUGCAUUACUAAGCUUUUCUUAAUGCAUAUUCCACUGCUGUGGGAAAUCCAGAUUAGGCUCUUCUAAUAAUAUUAUGGGAUUUCUUGGCAUUUUUCUAGGCUGGAAACAUGCCACAGUUGACCAAUAUUUAGAUGAGAUCUUGGUCAACAAAGCCAUGUUAUAAUUACACAUAAGAUAUUGAGUAGUAAAGGUUCAACAUUUUAACACUUAUUCUAAGUAUUUAAAUGCUACGUUUAACCAACUUUCGAUA